GAUAACAAAACACAGGACCAGAAGAGAGAGACAGUUUGUGUUUGUCCGAUGAUCGUUGAGCUCCCACUGUCGUCGGUCGUUCCAGUGAAGUGCCGGAGGUGCUUGAAGCUCUCUCUCCAGUCCACUGAGAGAUGUGGCUAUUGGGGUGGAAGGGGCCGUCCGGGUUCUCCGCUCGGUCAACCGCCGAGGAAGUCACCCAUGGAAUCGAUGCCUCUGGUCUCACCGCCAUUGUCACUGGUGCAUCAAGCGGCAUCGGGGCCGAGACGGCCCGAGUUCUCGCAUUACAUGGGACCCAUGUCAUUAUGGCCGUCAGGAAUAUGGAAGCUGGUUGGGAAGUCAAGGAGGCUAUACUGAAGGAACUUCCAUCUGCUAAAAUUGAUACUAUGGAGUUGGAUCUCAGCUCGAUGGCAUCCGUCAGGCAAUUUGCAUCAGAAUAUGUAUCCUUGGGCCUUCCCUUGAGUAUCCUUAUAAAUAAUGCAGGGAUGUGGGGAACUCCUUUCAUGCUUUCUCAAGACGGUAUCGAGCUACUGUUUGCAACCAACCAUUUGGGUCAUUUUCUUCUCACGGAUCUUCUGCUGGAGACAAUGAAGAACACAUCAAGAGAAAGCAAUAGAGAAGGGAGGAUUGUUAAUUUGUCAUCGGUGGGUCACCGUCUCGCUUAUCGUGAAGGCAUCCGUUUUGAUAAGAUCAACAAUGAAUCAGAAUACAACAUCAUGCUAGCCUAUGCACAAUCAAAGCUUGCGAACAUACUUCACAGUAAUGAGCUAUCAAGGCGCCUAAAGGAGGAAGGGGUCCAAAUAACUGCCAAUUCAGUUCAUCCCGGAAUUAUAAUUACCAAUAUUGGGCGUUAUCGCGUUUCCUUUGUUUCAUCUAUUGUUAGCUCGAUCCUUAAAUAUGUACUCAAAAACAUCCAGCAGGGAGCAGCAACUACGUGUUAUGUGGCUUUACAUCCUCAAGUCACAGGGGUGACCGGAGAGUAUUUUGCAGACAGUAAUAUAGUGAAACCGAGUAAUCUUGCCCGAAAUGCUGAUAUGGCAAAGAAGUUGUGGGAUUUCAGCACAAACUUGAUCGAACCCAAGUAAAUCGGGCUUCUUGACCUAGGAUCUAUGGCCUUGCUGCAACCAGAGUUGCUGAGAUAACGAGAGAUGUGGCAAGAAAUUGGGAAGUCGGUAACCUACCUAAAACUUGUAUUGAUCGUGGCAAUGUAGAGUUGAAUGUUUUCAAUGUCGAGGAGUCUUUAUCGUAAGUUGUUCAUGUCGCCUGGACAAUCGUUUCUUUAACCAUUGCGACCAAGCUGAAAUAUUGUCAGAAAUCGCUAAUCCUUACCACGAAAAGCUUUAUCA